AUGGCCAAUCCUGCCCUCACUGAAGAUGCCGUGAACACGGGCGCAGUUGCAUGGGUUUUGACCUCUGCAGCCUUGGUGUUCUUGAUGACAGCCGGUCUUGGCUUUUUCUACGGCGGCUUGGUGCGAGACACCAAUGUGAUCAACACUAUGAUGAUGAGUGUAGCAUCCAUGGCCAUUGUAUGCUUGACGUGGGUUGUCUUUGGGUUCUCUUGGGCCUUCGGAGACAAUGGCUCCACUGGCUUUGGGAUGUUCGUGGGCAACUUUGACUACAGCCUGUGGACGAACCUGGACAUGAAGAUGUGGGGUGACUCGGGGCUCCCUGGUCUUUGUUUUGCAGCUUUCCAAAUGACCUUUGCCAUCAUCGCAUCAGCGAUCAUCUCGGGCUCUUUGGUGGAGCGUAUGCGCUUUAGUGCAUAUUCCAUCAUGUUGGCCUUGUGGUCCUUGCUAAUCUACGCCCCACUCUGCCACUGGGUUUGGGGUCCUGGUGGCUGGAUCGCUGAAUUCGGAGCUUUGGAUUUUGCUGGAGGCACAGUGGUGCACAUCAGCUCCGGUGUGUCCGGCCUCGUUGCAGGUGCCAUCGUCGGACCCAGAAGGCAUGUGGAGAAGGAGCUGGGACCUGCCAACGCUCCUUUCGUAAUCCUUGGUGGCAGCCUGCUGUGGUUUGGCUGGCUAGGCUUCAAUGGCGGAUCUGCUUUGUCAGUGAGCGAUGGUGUGGCGGCCCGUGCUGUGGCCACCACAUUCGUGGCAGCAGCUUCUUCGAUGUUGACCUGGUUGAUGCUGGAACGCCUUCUUAAGGGCAAAUCCACCAGUGUAGGAGCCUCAGUAGGAGCAGUGGCUGGGCUUGUGUGCAUCACCCCUGGAGCGGGCUUUGUAACGCCUGGGUGGAGCAUUGCCAUUGGUGCUUUGGGUGCCGUUUGGUGCUACGCCUCUGUGGAGGUGGUUAACAAGGUUAAUUUGGUGGAUGACACUUUGGAUGCCUUUGGCUUGCAUGGCAUGGGUGGCAUUGGUGGGGCCAUUUUGACCGGCAUUUUUGCAUUGGACGGUGGCCUGAUCUAUACUGGAAGCUUCGAGCUCUUGGGCAAGCAGAUUGUCGGUGCACUGGCAGGUGUGGCCUUCUCAGCCAUUGGCACCGCCAUCAUCGUAGUGGCAUUGAGGCUGGUGAUGAAGCUGCGAAUCCCAGAAGAACAGGAGGUUGAAGGUGUGGACCAGCACACUCAUGGCGAGACCUACCACAGUCCUGUCAAGAAGUACCCUCAGAUGAAAGAGUCUGAGUCCACUGAAGCAUCAGACACUGCGCGAGGGGACAUGGCAGGGUGCCGCAAGGUCUACACUGUCAUCAAAAAAUCUGAGAUGGAGAUUACAGGAGACGGCGUUUCCUGCAAGGUCCGAGUCCAACGUGCUGAAGUCGCGAUCGCCGAGUUGGAGGAGGCCAUAUUUGUUGUGACAUUGGUUCCUGAGGGCGCAAAGGGGGCAGAGUGGUGCUCACGGACAGAGAGGGCGCAAAGGGCCGCAAAAGGUGUCGAAGGUUGGAUUUUUACCUGUGGGUCUGAUCGUUUGCAUGACUUUCUCACCAAGAUCAGCUAUGCCGGUGGAAUUCGAUCAGGCUUGACAAACCACUACCACAUGUUUGCCCAGGGAAAGCAGGGGCUCGGUGCCUUCAGCUUUGUAGCCUGUGCGGCUGAAAUGAAGACUGACCGGAUCGUAGCAAUCAAGAACCUCAAACUGCAGGUAAACCCCAUCACCAUUUUUAAGGAGGUCGACAUGUUACGUGCGGGGCAAGGCCAUCCGAACAUUGUUCGCUUCCACGGGCUGUGGGCCGACUCGACCCCAUCCGAGCAGUCCAAGGGUGGCAAGCAAUGGUACAUGGUCAUGGACUACUUCAAGUGCGAUCUGUAUGACCGCAUCGUGGAGGGUCGCAGGCUUCGAGAAAAGGAGUGUAUUCCCAUUCUCCACAAUGUGUUGGCUGCGAUUGCUUUCCUACACCAGCGACAGAUUUUCCACAGGGACAUCAAGCCAGAGAAUUUGUUGGUCGACACUUCCGCGAGGGUCGUCUUGACCGAUUUCGGUAUCGCGUGCCUUGUCACGGAGCAGGAGGAGCUCAAGCGGGUAGUGGGCACCGUGGGUUAUGCAGCUCCAGAGAUGCUGGCAGGCACAGCCACGAGCUUUGAAGCGGACGAGUUCGGUGCUGGCAUCGUGCUGUACUUCAUGCUCUCGAAAUCCACACCCUUCCUUGCACCCACGACAGCCAAAACCAUCGAAAAGACCAUGGAGGGCAAGGUAAACUUGCGCUAUGGCUGCUUUGACCACAUCAGCGAGCAUUGUCGCACCAUGAUCUAUGGCCUUAUCUGCAAGGAUGUUGCUGCCAGAAUCAAGGCCCAUGAAGCCUUGAGAACAGCCUACAUGAUGUCUCGUGCGAGCAUGACGGAGCCAGUUCUUGAUAGUAUACCGCAGGUGCAGCCAAAGAAGCCGCAAGGAAACCUGCCUAAUGUCAUGGAGGUCUCUGAGCCAUCUGACAAGCUUGGGUGUGCCACGCAGGGACACCUUCCGUUUCUCCGCAAGAAGUGA